CAUCGUUUCCUCGAGCGCUCGUCUUUCGUCUACCUGAAGCGACGUGCAUACACGACCAUGGCAAAGGCAAAGAAGACAAGAGCGGCGUCCGUGAAGAGGAUGAUCAAGGCCUCGGACAUUCGACUAAAAGAGAAUCAGGCCAAGCAAGCUAAGAAAGAGGAAGAGGCUAGAGAGAAAGCCGUGCGACGAGUACCCCAAGUCGCGUCCUCCCUCUUCUUGGCUCAUAACACCGCCCUCGUACCUCCCUACCGCGUUCUCAUCGAUACCAAUUUCAUUAACUUCAGUCUACAAAAUAAACUGGAGCUCGUCAGCGGCAUGAUGGACUGCCUCUACGCGAAAUGCAUACCCGUAGUCACCGAUUGUGUCAUGGCCGAGCUGGAGAAACUAGGCCACCGCUACCGCGUAGCCCUCCGCGUAGCGCGCGAUCCCCGCUUCGAGCGCCUGAAAUGCUCGCACUCGGGCACGUACGCGGAUGACUGCCUCGUCCAGCGCGUUACGGCGCACAAGUGCUACAUCGUCGCGACGUGCGAUCGCGAGCUCCGGCGGCGGAUUCGACAGAUUCCGGGCGUCCCGCUGAUGUAUAUUGUCCGCCGACGGUAUGCGAUCGAGAGGCUGCCGGACCAGGGGGCGCCGUCGUAGGCUGGCCUUGCUACUUAUCUGCAGACGGCAUCGCUGUUUGAAGGCGGGAUGCGCUGUUCGUGGUGAUCUCUGCGCGCCGUGCUCGGCGGGAACGUUAAUUGGUGGGCGUUCACUGCUCCGCUGGUGCGGUCGGGCUUCAGGUGUAUUUCUAGGAUUGUUCUUGCUUUGCUGUAUCAUUAUUCGGCCCACUCCAACUCGCAUUCGUGUUGUUGUCCUUGACGCCAGCUUCCCUUACGACAGGCUCUUGACAUCAGACUGUUCUCCCGCAAUACCGCCUGUUCAUCUCGUAGAUAUCCUUGUCCAGUCAUGUCAUCCCAAAGUCAUCACACUCAAAAAUGUACGGGACGUAGCGGCGUCAGGAACCUCCCCCACUGCCUCUACGAGAUUUACAUACUGGAUCCGGG